AUGUCUCAAGAACCGAUGUCUUCUUUCGGUAUACUCAUAAAGGAAAUAAUAGUCGAAUCACCUUCACCAACAUCCUAUAGCAAAAGUAAUAAUAACAAUAGUAAAUCAAAGGGGAAAACAAAAAAUUUGAAAAGAAAGAAAAAACUCGGAAUUCUUGAUUCUGAUUUGUCUUCUACCGAGGAAAAUGAAAUAUUUAAAGAGGGCAUCGAAGAUACUGAUAAAGCCUGGGACGCAUUCAAUAGUGUUCUUAAGGGAAAUGAUGCUCUUACAAAAACUGGGAAAAAGAAAAGAAAGGGAAAAGUCUCCAACAAUAAAAUGCGUGGAGGUCACGCAUCUGAUUAA